AUGGCAAACCCACACCAUCUACUGAACAUCUCAUGGACAUCACAUCGUCUCUCACCCCUCCACCAUGGACUCGAGCAUGAUGAUCUCCUCAACAAUCCAGUCUCGCUAGAAACUUACGCCACCCGUCUUAGAGACCACCUCACCAACUCUCUCGCGGACGCGCAAGGCUGGCGCGCCGCGGAGGAUGACCCAACAACAGCCCUAUCAGCAAUCGGCGCACUCCAAUCCUGCACAUGGGAACCCAUCUCAAGCCUCUCCUUCUUGAGUCCGCAGGGUAUCCAUGAAGAUAGGCCUCAGGACCAGGACCGGGAGCCAGCUGGGCUUCUCAUAACGCUCUCUUACGAAACAAUCACGUACAGAGCAGCCCUCCUCGCGCGGCCUGGCGUGCAACCACAGUCACAGAAAAAGGCGCGUAAGAGAGGUCGCCCUUCGAAAUCAUCAUCGUCAUCAACAUACCUCCCACUGCUUCUCACGCGCCUCCCCAAAUCCCUACGGGAGAGCUUCAUCGCGUUCUUAUCUUCUAAUUUCGACACUUAUGUUUCUUCUCUACGGAUUUCAUCCGCUGGGCUAUGCGAUAUUUUGGAGAGUUAUGUCGCGAGCGUGGCCUCUUCGACAAGCUCUAGCACGAGUGUGGAAGAUGUCAUUCGGGAAAUGCAGCUCGCCCUCUCAUUUGCACCGCCCAUUGCGCCCUCGCUAAAGGCGCUGACUGUUAAUAUACCACGCGAAACAUUGAUGAAUUUUCUACGGACGCCGAAUUCUUCGAUUGGCUCCAGUACCGGAGCGGGAUCGGGGAGUUCUGUGCUGUCUGGUCUCUCUAAGUACUUACAGAAACAUCUUGCUUUGGAGCUCGGACUGCCGUUACCAUUUCCGACGAGUGCGACUGGCGGCAGUGGUUCUUUAGUCGGGGGUUAUGUGCGGCUGACGAAGGUUGCUUGCGCUGGGUUUGUUGCUACAGGGGAGGGGAGGCUGAAAGUUGUUGCGAAGGCUGGAGAGGGAAGCGAGGAUGAGAAGAAUAUGGGCGCGUUGAAAGGCGGGGAGGCAUUGGUGAAGGCUAUUUUAGAGAGGGCUGGAUCAGGGUUUGAUAGAGAGGGAGAACAAGGUUGA